ACAGGCACAAGUUUCCGAAGGUGGCUCUCUCUGCCUCUUUUCUAAGUUUACUGUCAACGAGCACGUUUCUUUGUGGGACGCGAAUUUUCUGAAAAGUAAACAUGGGUCGUGUACGUACGAAAACCGUGAAAAAGGCUUCGAAAGUCAUCAUCGAAAAGUACUACACACGUUUGACUCUGGACUUCCACACCAACAAGCGCAUCUGCGAAGAAAUCGCUAUCAUUCCCACGAAACCUCUGCGUAACAAGAUCGCCGGUUUCGUUACACACUUGAUGAAGAGGCUCCGUCACUCCCAAGUGCGCGGUAUUUCCAUCAAGCUCCAGGAAGAAGAGAGGGAACGCAGGGACAACUACGUGCCCGAAGUUUCCGCUUUGGAACACGACAUCAUCGAAGUCGAUCCGGAGACCAAGGAGAUGUUGAAAAUGUUGGAGUUCAACAACAUCUCCAACUUGCAGUUGACCCAACCGACCACAAACCCGUACCCAAGGAGGGCGUAAAUUUUUAUGUACCUACAUGUUUAAGUAAAAUAUAUCAACUGGUUUGGUAAA